AUGGCUCUGAAGUAUUUGCCAACCAGAGGUGAUGUUAAAGAAGUUGGAGAGUGUGAUGAGAUAUGCGUGGCGUGCAGUAAACGUAUGAUAUCUAUCACCUACCAAGCCCGAUCUGCGGAUGAACCCGCGAGGCACGUGAAAACUUGCACUUCCUGCCCUCUUAACCCUAACAAACUCGACCCUAGCCAGCUAGCUUUCGUCCCAGAUUAUGGGCUAACUUCACUGUGGCUCUUAAACGAGACACGGCUGCGCGAAGCAAAGUUUCAACUUGAGCUUGCUCCAGACGCCCGCUCCGAAAUAGACUGGCUACGGACAGACAACAAGCGAGUCAAGAAGGACCAUCUCUCGAUGCUCCUGCUCGAUCUCAAGAACGGUCACAUCAUUCUUCGACGAAUUACCACUCCGAGCGCUGUGCCAAAAUCCUCAGUAUCACAGGCAGCGCCAGACCGUCUGGCCCAACCUUCCCCGUCCGAGAUCAACACCCAAUACAGCAGGAGUGGCGAUGGAGAAAAUCACCAGGGUGAUGAUAACUGA